AUGAAAGGUAGUGUAGAUGUUAUUGAAAAUAGGCCACUUUUGCAAGACCAGAGCUGUAAACAAAAGUACAAUGAUCAGCUGGAGAAAACUAGAUUUCCAAGAUGGCUGACGUUGUGCCUUGGAAUAUGUGUUGUCUUCCUACAUUUUGUUUCCUAUCUUCUGAAUUUAUAUGUGAUGAAUCAGUAUUCAUAUAAGGCAUAUUAUGAAAAAAAAUAUCCAAACUCUUCACUCAAGUCAUCAGGAAAUACAUCCGCGUGUGAACAAAACACCAAUACCACAGAAUAUAAGCAACAAAUUGUUAUACAGAAACUAACUUCCGAAUGGGGUAUUUAUUGUACACUUGCCAGUAACAUUCCUGGUAUUAUCUUUACGAUCAAUAUUGGAUCAUUAAGUGAUACUUACGGAAGAAAACUAUUUUUUGUGGCACCUCUUAUUGGGACCAUUCUUAAAAACGGUCUUUGUUGUAUAGGGAUUUACUACAGUUUGAAUAUAGAGUUUUUUAUUAUAUUUUACGGUAUAGAAGGGUGUACCGGAAACUGGAUAUCCACCAUGUUAAUGGUAUAUUGUUAUAUUGCCGACCUAACAGAGCCUGGUAAACCAAGGUCGCUUCUUUAUGGUAUUCUAGAAGGAAUUAUUGGCAUAGCAGCAUUUCUUUCAUCGACAUUUUCAGGCUAUCUUAUUAAAUGGACAGAUGGAUUCUUUUACCCGGAAGUAACAUCAGUUGGUUUUGUUUCACUUGGGCUUGUCAUCGUUGUUCUUGUACUUCCUGAGUCACUUCCGGAGUCAAAAAGGAGAGAUAAGGUUUCCUGUUUGGAGAACAUGGGAAGAGUAACAGAGUGUUACAGACCAAAUUUCUCCCCUCACGGAAAACAGUGGAUGUUCAUAAAUCUAUUAUUCAUUUUUAUUUUGGCUGGGUUUGCGAAUUUAGGGCGAGUUCAAGUAGAAACGCUGUUUCAACUGAAUUCUCCUUUCUGUUGGGAUUCAGUCAGAAUCGGUUGGUAUGGCGCUUUAAAGAUAGGAACGUUAUCUAUCGGGGGAAUGAUAAUGAUCAAGACUUUCCAUUUUUGUGUGACCGAUGAAUAUAUCGCACUAGCUGGUUUUGCCACUUCAGUGAUAUCUGCCAUUGUGUUCGGACUUUCAACUACAGAUACCAUGAUUUACAUAGCUGCAGUACUAAACUUUGGAAAUACAGUGACUAUGCCCAUUGUUAGAUCAAUAAUGUCACGUAUGACUCCAGCUCAUAAGAUAGGUUCAGUUUUUGCUGGAAUUGCCGCCAUUGAGUUUAUAUGUAACAUGGCAAGCUCUCUUUUGGCUAAUGCUGUGUAUGAUGCCACUGUGGAAAUCUAUAGAGGAUUUACAUUCUUUGUGAUGGCUGGUUAUGCUGUUGUUGGUAUUGUUUUGUGUUGUGUUCAUAUAGUAGGACAGAAGAGGCACGAAGAAAAAACUAAUUUGAUUUCAACGACAUCUAUAGAAUAAACUUCAAGACAAUAUUCAUAUAGUUGUUUUAAGCAAUUAAAGUUGAUACUGUUGUGAGGACAAAUAACAAGAAUUUUAAUAAAGAUUAAU